UGUACUGUACAGAAAUAAAGAGAUAACCUAUAACACUUCAACAACCUCAAUAAUUGUCUUCUUUUUUUUCAUUAAAAAAAAAAACCAACUCAAUUAUUCUCAUGUUCAAUCACAAUUUCAUCCUCUCUCUUUUUUGUGGUCUGAAUCUGAUCAUCUCUCUAUUUUAUCUGAUAACCCCUUUUUCUUUUCCUUCAUUGUUGAAGUAGAGCUUGAUUGUUGCAGUUUCUUGCAAGAAAAAAUGGAGCUUUGGGACAAAAACAUGAAGACAACAGAGGUUGUAUUUGAAGCAGUUUUGCCUGUACUGAAACUCCUUUCAAUGGCUUUAAUAGGAUUACUUCUUUCCCAUCCAAAAAUCCAAAUGAUUCCAAAGCCUACACUUAGGCUUUUGAGCAAACUUGUUUUCUUUUUGUUUUGGCCUUGUUUGAUAUUCACUCACCUUGGUCCAGUUAUUAGUGUUAAAAAAUUCAUUCAAUGGUGGUUUGUUCCAAUUAAUGUGGUCAUUAGUACCGCCGUCGGUUCGGUAUUGGGUUUUUUCGUGGCGUUAAUUUGCCGGCCGCCACCGGAAUUCUUUCGGCUAACUGUGAUAAUGACAGCGUUCGGGAACACCGGAAACAUUCCCCUUGCGGUAGUUUCAUCAGUGUGUCAUAAUGAAGAUAAUCCUUUUGGUGGUACAUGUUAUGAUGGGAUUGCAUAUGCUGGUUUCUCGCAAUGGGUUUCGGUGGUUCUUGUUUACACUCUUAUUUAUCAUAUGAUGGAACCGCCAUUGGAGUACUACGAGGUUAUCGAGGAAGGAACCGAAAUCGAGGAACUAACCGAUUUGCCUACGAGGAAUGAAAAUGAUCUUAGUACUCCACUUCUUAUCGAAGCAGAAUGGACCGGAAUCGAGGACCAACGGACCGAACAUUGCCAAACACCAUUAGUAGCAACUAUUUUCAAUAGCAUCUCUGAUGUGUCACAAUCCAAUAUCCCGGAUAUCGAAUCGAUUCGAGAAGAAAUGCCGAGUAGCCCCAGGUCAUAUGGGUGUUUGGCUGAGCCUAAAGUAGUUAGAAAGAUUAGAAUCGUCGUGGAACGUACGCCUAUCAAUCAAAUUCUUCAACCUCCAUUGAUUGCUACCGUGUUAGCCAUUGUUAUCGGGAUCAUCCCACAGAUAAAAGCUACGAUUUUUGGUUCCGAUGCUCCGUUGGAUUUCAUCACGGACAGCCUUGCUAUGAUCUCCGACGGAAUGGUACCCGCUGUUAUGCUUGUGCUAGGAGGAAUGUUAUGGGAAGGACCGAACGAGUCGAAGCUCGGGCUUCGAACAACAAUUGGGAUCGUUGUCGCUCGGCUUUUGAUACUUCCAUUGGCUGGGAUCGGGAUAAUCUAUUUGGCCGACAAAUGGAAUUGUUUGAUUGCCGAUGAUUCGAUGUACAGAUUUGUUCUAUUGAUGCAAUAUGCAACGCCGAGUGCCAUAUUGCUUGGUGCCAUUGCGAGCCUGAGGGGGUAUGCAGUGGGGGAAGCUUCGGCUCUUUUAUUUUGGCAGCAUGUGUUUGGUUUGGUCUCUAUUUCAGUGUAUAUAUUCAUCUAUUUCAAGUUGCUGGUUAAUCUUUUCUAAGGUAGUUCCUAUAUUUAAAAAUUAUACCUUCAUAUUCAUGUAAAUCAUGUAUUUUUGCCGAGUUGAGAGCUUAGCUUCCCCACCCCUGCUUUUCUCUACUUUUAUCUACUUCGAAAACAGGUUUCGAGGUUGAAGUUUUUCUUUUCGGGGAAUAAUGUAAAAUUUUGGUAAUUAGAUACGCUUAUCUUUUUGUUCACGUUAA